ACGUAUAGCGUAUCCUUGACCGGCACGCUGAUUUGCAUGGGAGCGGUGUGUUGAAGGCUUCAAUCUUUGAAAUGUUUGCUUUUGGGCUGACCGUUGUCAGACAUGGAGAAACAAGAUACAAUAAGGAGAGAUUACUUCAAGGCCAAGGUGUAGAUGAGCCUUUGUCUGCAACAGGAAUAAAGCAGGCAGAAGCUGCAGGCCUGUUUCUUCAAAAUGUUGUAUUUACAAGUGUAUUUUCAAGUGACCUUCAACGUGCAAAGCAAACGGCAUCUAUAAUUCUUUCUUACAACGGUAAUACCAGCGGGGUAGAAAUUUGCUAUGAUCCCAAACUUCGUGAGAGAGGAUUUGGUGUUGCAGAAGGCAAACCUAUUAGCGACAUGAAGACCAUGGCAAAAGCUGCAGGCCAGCCAUGCCCACAUUUUACACCUCCAGGAGGAGAAACUUUAGAUCAGGUGAGAUCUCGAGUUAAAGUGUUCAUUAACACACUAUGCCAGGAGAUUGUAGCCAAGCAAGAAUCACAGCCAUUUAACGAAGUGAGUCCAUUGAAAUCAAUGCAAGACUAUUUGAAUAAUACUACUGAAAAACAACCUUCUACAACAAAUUGUGUAGAAUUACAAGAAAACUACCAGGAAUCUUCAGAUGGGACUCUAGACAUCCAUGCAAAUGUGCUUGUGGUCAGUCAUGGGACUUACAUAAGAAAUAUGGUUAAAUACUUUGUUGAUGACCUUCAGUGCACUUUUCCAAAGUCUAUGAAGAUGUCCCACGCCUUUUCCGCUUGUCCUAACACUGGAAUGUGUCACUUUGUUGUCACAGUUGAUCUUGGUAAUAAAUGCCCAAGAACUGUUGAUUGUAUUUUUAUUAAUAGAAAAGAUCACCUUGAGGAUAUCAAAGAUAACUAACUCUAAUUAUUAACUAAAUUAAGAAUUUGGUGUGCAUACUAGAUAGAUAGACAGACAGACAGACAGACAAUUGUGUUUUAAGGCCUUAUCUAAUGUAAAUUGUGAUUAUUGGUAUUCACAAGUCAGAAAACAUUACCAAUGCAGCUGUCUUCCUUCUUUUCAGAAUUUUAUAGGAAAACAUUUUUACUGGUGUCCAUAAUCAAAUGAGUUUUAUUAUGUUUGUGUGUCCAGAUAAAAUGUAUUUUAAGCUCAGUUUAGGAUAUAGUUUGAAAAUCUCCUAAAUGGUUGUUAAUUUGCACUUUAUAUUAAUUUAUUUUCUAACCAGUAUUUUACUGGUAGUGAGUAGAGAACUUAUUACCAUAUUAGAUAUUUAAAAAAAAAAAAAAAAAAACGUUUGCUGUGUAUGAAGAGUUAAUUUAAAUUCAUACUUUAGUGUUUUAAUAGUAAAAAAUGUGAAAGGCUUUCAUAUUUUCUUCUGAAGUCUAUAUCAGGAGUACUAUAUCAGUAUUGCUUACGGACACUUAUUCAGUUGUCUGUAUAUGUUUAAAAAUGCAAUACACUUUUUAAUUUCUUUAUUUAAAUUGUACUCAGAAUCUGUAUUUGCUUUGCUGCUCAUUACAAGUUUAAAACCGUUCCUUUUUCAGUUAGUAAAUCUUAGGGUUGUCUAGACAAUUGUCAUGUCAUUGAAGGUGUUUUGUCAUACUUUCACAGCUUGCCACUCAAAGAGCAACUAAGCAUCACCCUUGCUGUGUGCCAGGCUAAAGAAGAAGCUUUACAGAGUGUUGUGGAUGGGUUAAGAGUUCAUGAAACUCCUGUUCAAUAAGAAACAAAACCUAGGUAUAUAUAAUCCCACACACUAUAGUUUAACUUAUUUUGGUUUUACAAAGUGUUAAAACAUUAAUCUAUUCACUUCAUUGAAAAUGUCCAGUAUUAAUAGCAGGUUUAAAUUAAUGUAAUUCGUUUUCAUUAUAAAACAAAAUGCUAUACAGGUAUUUCAAAACCUUUUAAGAAUUAUAAUGGUGUGCUUCUUUCUUUGAAAAAUGUUAUAUGUAGAGCUUUUAGACCAUCAGUACAGAUAGGAGUGAAUGGUAAGGCAAAAAUGUUAUAUCAUUUUAAAAAGCCACGGCUAUGGGAACUGUCAUGGUAUAAUUUAUGUGCAUAUGCUUUUCAGACUGAAUCCACUUUAGAUGCUUCUGGUAGCCGAAUUUAAGUUAAAAUGGGUAGUUCUACUGUGAUUUGAAUUAACUGAAGUAAUACCUAAAUAGCUAAUGUGCAAAAUUUGUAAAAUAAGAACUGAACAAUAAUAAAUAUCUAUUGCACUUGACUUUUAAGACACAAUCUUGGAAAAUGUGUGAUGUAUAGACUAUACAGUUAAAAAUUAAAUAAGUUUUACAACAAGUA